GGAGCCUCCUCCAGGACAGUCUGCGGUUGCGCGCCCUGUCUGUCAGCAAGAUCAACUGCUGGUCGGGUGCGGGGGACAGCCAGUCAUGACAAGGAGGUGGGGGGACACAGUCAGCAUGUUUGGACCUUCACUUCAGGUUAUUUAGCACAUAUAACGUAAACACUUUGGACUCCACGAAACUCGUUUUGAGGGCGGCACGACGGCCAUGUUUCUGAGUCGUGCGACGAGGACGACGGCGCGUGUGCUCCGCCACUCACACUCCAGCCCGUUGACGUUAACGAGGGGCUUUUACCGAGACCGGAUAUGUUGCGUGGGCUCGACACUCGCACACUUCGGGGAACGACGACCCGAACCGUACCACCACGACGGUUUUCUCAUCCCGAACUGGGGUCACUUGAAGCGCCGCGGCGGCCUGGAGGAGCCAGUGCUUUCGUUUUCAAUUGGUGACCGUGGGCUCUCUACCGUAGUGGCUGUCCCAAAGAAGACCACCGGCAUGGACGACACGAACAACGCGGAGGACGAACACAAUCGAAAGGAAGCCCCACAAACUCCUCUACCUGGAGAGAAAGCCCCCGGGGAACCCGAGCCGGAGGAAAAUAAGCCGAACAAGACCCAGCAACUCAAAAAGGUCUUCAAGGAAUACGGAGCUGUGGGCGUUUCCUUCCACGUGGGGAUCUCCCUCAUGUCUCUGGGAAUGUUCUACCUCCUCAUUUCAAGCGGUAUCGACAUGGCGUCCGUGCUAAGCAAGCUGGGCUUCAGCGAGGCCGUCAUCCGCUCCAAGAUGGCGGCGGGGACCAGCACGUUCGUCCUGGCCUACGCCGUUCACAAACUAUUUGCGCCCGUGCGCAUCAGCAUCACGCUGGUGUCUGUGCCGUUCAUCGUGCGGCACUUCCGAAGGACGGGACUCUUCAAGCCGCCCAAGUCUGCGCCCUAAUCAGUGUCAUGUGACUGUUGGCUGCCAUUGUGCUUUGGGCAAUGGGGGAGACCCUUGGAACUUUUUUGACUGCUGUGACCCGAGCUUACAGCAACUAGAGUGAAGGAAAAGAAAAUACAUGACAAAUGCUAUUUGCUAUCAGGGAGUUUUUACUUGUGCUUUCUUUGUUUUUUUUUUUCCCCCAAAUCCGUGACGUCAAACGCUUCCUGUAAUGACACAAGACCUUCCCAUUCAUUUUCUUGACUCUUGUUACAUCUCCCCCUGCAUGCUAGAGACUUUGUAUCCAAUUUAUUCUUGUAAAAAGAAAAAAAGAAGAUACUCUCUGAGGAAAAUACACUUUUCCUUCCUUUUUUUUUAAAUUAUGGGAAUUAAACAAAUCUUUCUUUUAAAUAAACUUCACCAUAAAAUCUUAGAGCAUUGAGUCUGGAUUUCCUGGCUCAUAAAAUCUUCGCCUUUUUUAACUUUCCUGUUUCCUCACAUACUUAUUUGAAAAAUGAAUUCUUAUUUCACUCAAUAGUCCUUUUCUUGACUGAUCCCAUUUUCUUUCUCCCCUGCAUGUUAUGAAUGAGCGUACCGUAUUUAUAUUUGAUUUGCUUGCAUAAAGCUGCACAAUAAAUCAUACAUUUUCUGACCAAUGA